CUGUUUAAGGCUUGGGGUGGCUGAUGCGACGGUGGCAUUCGGCCACCUGUUUAAUGAUUGACAGGCAGGAGUGGUAGAAAAGUUCAGCCUAGAGUGCAAAGAAUUCCAGCGCCUGCGCUUCAGACAGAUGCCGGCUUGGGAUCCAGCGGGGAUCACAGAGGUUCCAGAACGAUGUUGGGGUGCUGGGGUGCUGUAUGAUGACUCUGGCGACCGAGUGUCCUCAGGCGGGAUUGACAGUUACUCGACUGGACCCUGAACUCGCUGUGCGGAUGGCUGUCAUGUGGCUUUUAUGCUUUCCGGGGCUCCCGGCAAACUUCUCCUGGAGAGGUCUGGUGCAUCCUAUGCCGAGGGGGAUAGUCGGCUGAAGCAAUCGCAAGUCUGCAAGGAUGCAGAAGGCUGUCUUGAGCAGCAAUGUCCCCCUCGGUCAGCAGGACAAUGGCAUAAACCGUGGGCUCGCUGGCUGGUGUGGGGAGCUGGUGCCUGAAGCCGCCAUUUGUAGCUUAUGCACAGUAUCUGUGGAGAAACGAAUCAGGGCAGAGCAGGCAUGGCGGCAACAGACGGCCUUCCAGGACUCACUCUUCCGCUUCCAAGACUGGCUGUGGGCUGCCGAAGUGACAGCUGCCUCCGCCAAUUCUUCCCAGGUCUCCUACGCCCAUUCCAAGAAAGAGCUGCAAAGGUUUGAGAUAUUGCAGAAGCAAGUUCAGGAGAAAUUGAUGCCCUUGGAAGACUUAAACCGGCAAUACCGUCUGCUGGUGCGGAGCGGCGGCAUCGGUUUGCACCUUAGGUCCGUAGUCCAGGAGAUCAGCCAGCGCUGGGACGACCUGCAGAGAAGAGUGGCUGCCAUUUACAAGAGGCUGAAGUAUUUCGUGAACCAACGGGAAGAGUUUGAAUCCGAGAGGGAAACCAUCCGGGUGUGGCUGACGGAGCUGGACCUCCGGCUCACAGAUGUGGAGCACUUCUCGGGAGGCACAUCGUUGGACAAAAUGAUACAGCUGCAGACAUUCCAGCAAGAUGUUCAAAGCAUCGCAGAGCGCGUCGACCUUCUGCUGGUCCGAGGGGAGUGUUUGAUCCAGAAGAGCCAGCCCGAGGAUGCGGAGGUCUUGGAGGAGGAGCUGCAGGACCUGAGCGGCUUCUGCCAGGACGUCUUCCGCAGGGUGUUCCGUUUCCGCCGUCGCUUGGUCAGCAUGCGGCUGGUCUUUGAGAACGAGUGGUGGUCUGACCGGGAGAGUGACUUGGAGUCAGAUUCCUUCACGGAAGGAUCCCUGGAUUUAGAAAUCGGCUCGCCGUCGCCUGCCUCUGGUCGGAUGUGCCACUCCACUCCAAAGAAGUCUCCCCACCAGUUCAAGUAUCUGGCUUUGGGGCCCUCCAUGGAUCUGGAAUGGGAUCCUUCUGUGGAUGUGGGUGGGUCCACAUCGCAUGAUGAAGAGGAUUCCUCGUAUUACAGUGCUAUCACAGGUGUGGGCCAGUGGGAGGAACCCAGCCGAAGGUGCCCAUCCUCUCGCCAGAUGUCCCAUUUGAGAUGUGGCAGCCAGGAAGAUUCAUUGGUACCGAGUGGCUGCAAGGAAGACAGGGAGCCAUUCAGUUGCUCUUUGACAGAUGAGAUACCCAAGGAAAUACAAACUAACAGUUUUAGCAAGACUUCUUUGUGGCACCUGGAGAAGAGACAGCAGGAGCAGCCCCAAAGCUGCCUUCCGGGAAAAGGGACCAGCCGCCAAAUAGAGCCCAUGGGAUUUGACCCCAAACGUAUUGAGAGCUGGCUGGGCCAAGCCCAUCAGGAGAAGCUGGAAAGACAACUGGAAACAGAACCGGAUGCUGGAACAUUUGGGGCCAUUUCUCUGUCUAUUACGGAGUUGCAUUUACCUGUGCAAUCCAAAACAAAUGAUCAACAAGCAAAGCGGCAGAAAUCACUGCAGCGGAUGAAGAAGAAGGUCAGGGCGACCUCAAUCCCCCAGGCUGGGCAGACCUGCAAGAGAAAACAGCUGGAUUCCUACUCAGGAGAAAUUGCAGUCACCAUUGAGAAGGGAUAUGAUCCGCCACAGCCCUUGGGUCUCUCCACCCAGCCCCAGAAGCUCCCUAGAAUUCCCACCCUACUGAACCGACUGCUGCUUUCCACCAUUGGCCUGUUGCUGCUCCUCCUCUUGGCCAGCGCUUGCAUCCUGUCGCUGGCUGAUCCCUCCUGUCACUGCACCAACGGCUACACCAGAUCUUUCCACCUUGUGCUGAAGUACAUCAAUGGACCACCACCGACUUAACAAGAGUGGCGGGAAGGGGAUUCUUCUGGAAAUGGACAAGGGCAUCACGCACGGAGAAGGAAAUUGCCCGAGUGGUUUUUGAAGCAUUCCAGAAACUGCUUCUCCAGUGUGCCUGCAACAGCUUGGAGUGGGGACAAGAGACCCCAGAUCUUCUGAUUCAGGCAUAAACUACAGGCUUCGGAGGCCAUGUGGAAAAGGGACGGGGGGGGGGGGUUAUUGUUUCAGCCUCCACUUCACUGUUCAAUCUGGGCAUCCUGCUAUGUUGUUAGCAUCUUAAAAAAAAAAAGGAUGGGUGUUUUUCUUUAAAAUAUUAAUAGAGUGGAGGAGCCUGUAGAAAAAGUGUACAGAAGUUAGAGGGUUAAAUGCCAAAUCCCUUUCUUGCAUGGCCCUGAUAGCAAACGAUGGGUGCAUGACCAAGCAAUCGUCGUUUUAUAGAGGGAGGUGUGCAAUCUCUGUCUUGUCUGUUUUUGCCCUCGAUGAUGGGCGCAUCAGCAUCUGGUGAGCAGCAGGAUACUAAAUAUGAAUGCAAGAGAAUCUAUUCUUAACUAUAGCUGGGGCGGACCCUUUGUCGUCAUCCUCUUCCAUGAAUGUAUCUGAUAUUUCCCCCCCCCCCCAAAGCCAUGGCUCCUGGUUGGCUGUGCAUCAUCUUGUGGCCAUGAGUUACACAGGUUAUAAACCAUUACAGAGGAGAUUGUGAUGUACCUUUGGCCAUCAAUGUUCUGCAACCUGCAUGUUAUGUUUGGGGACAGACUGAUCAAGCCAUGUCUUCCUUGAGUAUGCUGGGUAGCAAGUUGCGUAGGUCUCAGCUAAACACGGGUGAAUGGUAUUUUCAUUUUAUCUACCGUUUAUUUAAUGUAUUUGAAAUAGAAUGUUUUUUUUAAUAAAGGGAAGCUUGUGCUGUUCUGCUU